AAAAUAACCCGCGACAAUGACAUCGGUAUCGAACACGACAGUGUCCAUAGAGAAGCCGAAGAGGUUAAACCAGUACCUAGGAGCCGUCGCUGCAUCUCUGGGCAGUUUCGCGAUUGGCGUGAACCUGGGCUGGACCUCGUUCGGCACGUCCACCCUGAUGUCAAUAGGCAAUGCCAGUGACGGCCAAAUUGGAACGGUCGCGGUGAUACCGCACGCGGGUGGCCUGAUAAGCCUAGCAGUGCUGCCAUUCGUCCUGUCCUUUGACAUGAGUAGGCCAACCAUGAUGCUCUUCACUAUCCCUAUCAGUCUCAUAGGCUGGGCCUUCGUCUGCUUCGCGGAUCAGCUGGUAUCGAACUCCGAAAAAAAAAAAUGAUAAGGCAUACGGAUUGACUAAACACCUUGACAAAACGCUUUGACAAAG